AACAUUUUUGAAUUGGAAAAGCAAUACCCCGUAUACAACAACGACUGUGUAUGAAAUCAGCUAAAAGCCAAGCGAAUAAUAGUUUCCACGGAAUUGCCAAAGGAAAGCUGCAAACCCAAAAGGCAAAAAUGUUAUAACUACACGACCUUUUCGGAUGAGCUUUCUCUCUUGCUCAUAGAUUCUCAAGUUGCUCUCAGGUAUUCAUUAUGAAUACGGAUCAAAUGUAUUCCUGAAACUUAUAUCGAUCUCUGAUCACUCUUCAAGAGAAGCUUCCGUCAAAACCCCAUUCCUAUCUUUUUACCUGAGUUUACCAGUACUUUUACGGUCAAAUAAUCAUGGAAGAAGCUCCGUAUUGGAUGUGGAUGAAGAGGAAAAAAUUGUUACAGUCGUAUCCUCAACCAGCAAUGAAUUAUUUUAACAAUUCAUGGGAAGAAAAGGCUUUUGCAGAAGAUGUAGCCGGGCCUCUUGGGGGAUGCAUAUGGCCUCCGAGAUCUUAUUCUUGUAGUUUUUGCAGUAGAGAAUUCAGGUCUGCCCAAGCCCUAGGUGGUCACAUGAAUGUCCAUAGAAGGGAUAGGGAAAGGCUGGAACAAUCUCCUUGGUCCCUCAAUGAUGAAGCCCGCCAUCAUCAAAAUCAAGAUCCGAAUCAUUCUAAGUCACUCGGGGCUAAGUUUUCAAACGAGCUCUUCAAGUUUCGUAGCCAUCGAGACCCUAAAUCUAGCCCCACUACUGUUAUAUCAGGUGCUCUAUCGUCUUCAAGGGUUUCAGCCUCAAAUAAUCCAGAAAAUUUUAGGGAACAAAUUAGUACUGUUGCAUCUGCUGAUCAGUCGACGUCUUAUAUUUCUCGAUCUUGGUCUGAUUCCGCGGGGGCUCGACUUCUCAGUAUCUCAUCAGAAUCCAAACCAGGAGUGGAAAAUAAUAUAAGGGAAGAAGAUCACUCCAUAUAUCCGGGAAAUGCUGAUUAUGUUGAAAUUGACUUUUCUGUCGGCAGGAAUUUUUUUGUUAGCCAAAACCGACCAACUGGGUCUUGUGGUCGGGUUGAGGCAGUCAGUUGCAAACGACCAAAGACUGCUGUUUCUUCACUGUCGUUCUUUCUGAAGGCAUGUUCAGAUGAUAGAGGCCACCUUCAGCCAAAGGGAACUGGAGUACUACUCAAGCCUAACAGCCUAGAGGACUUGGAUCUUGAGCUCAGGCUUGGUGAUCCACCUAAACUGAAGUAAGGUCAGGUGCAAUUUUAUGUACCUGCUCAAGUUACAUUUUGUUUAAUGAAUGAAGAAUCGUUAAUGUUUGUUUCUCUUUCCUUAAUUCCUAGAUAGCUGUUUCUCGAUGUUGAUCUUAUGGCUAACAGGAGGACGCUACGUAACCGAUCUGCAUAUUUUGGAAUUUUGAAUGAAAUGAAAAGCUUAAUUUUCAAUGACCUGAUCACUUAUUCUUAAUUAAUAAUAUUGUCAAUAUUGAGCUAGCUGGUUGGUGUAAUAAUCAGAGGUUUGCGUGACUAUCUUCCACUUUCUUCUUGUGAUCAUGAAAUGACAAGGUGGAGACUAGUGGCCUUCAUGGUUGAUAGAGCUGAGACAAAUUAAGGAGGAGAUCAUGAAUAUAGCAAGCUCCUAGCUGUACCUCAUUCAAAAUAUGCAAACCUUCAACUUCGAACGCAAUGAUAUUCUCCUUACCAGCUAUAUAUAUAUGAUCAAGUUGCUUGUGUUCUGUAGAGCUAUAUAUUCCCAUCUUAAUUUUAAUUUCAUGAAAAACUGAUCACAUAAUUUCUGAAUUAUCUCAGUGAUCGAUGUACGUGCUAUAUAUGAUUUUUUAACA